GGUCGCCUGCCCGGGGCUGGCCCCCGGCGGAAAGCUGGCGGAAGUGGCUUCCGGCUUCCCGGGCCGGGCCGUGCAGCUAGCGGCCAGAUCGGUGCGUGCACGCCCUGUCGCGGGCGGCUGAGCAGCGGACGUCGCUCUUCCCCAGUCGCCGCGCCCACGGGGGCUGCUCGAGCCGGCCACCAUGCCACUGGGCCUGAAGCCCACCUGUAGCGUCUGCAAGACCACGUCGUCGUCCAUGUGGAAGAAGGGCCCGCAGGGGGAGAUCCUCUGCCACCAUUGCACCGGCCGGGGCGGCGCGGGCGGCGGGGGCGCGGGUCCGGCAGCGGCCGGCGGCCCGGGGGCCAGUGGAGGCGGCUUCGGCGCGGCCCCCUUCGCCAGCACCUCGGCCGCCCCUCCGCAGAGCAACGGGGGCGGGGGCGGGGGCGGCAAGCAGAGUAAGCAGGAAAUUCACAGGCGGUCCGCUCGUCUCAGAAAUACUAAAUACAAAUCUGCUCCUGCUGCGGAAAAGAAAGUUUCCACGAAAGGAAAAGGGAGAAGACACAUUUUCAAGUUAAAAAAUCCCAUCAAAGCUCCUGAGUCAGUUUCAACCAUAAUCACUGCAGAAUCCAUCUUCUACAAGGGAGUUUACUACCAAAUUGGAGAUGUUGUUUCAGUGAUUGAUGAGCAAGAUGGAAAACCCUACUAUGCUCAGAUUAGGGGUUUUAUCCAGGACCAGUACUGCGAGAAGAGUGCAGCACUGACGUGGCUCAUCCCCACUCUCUCCAGCCCCAGGGACCAGUUCGAUCCUGCAUCCUACAUUAUAGGACCAGAGGAGGAUCUUCCAAGGAAGAUGGAGUAUUUGGAAUUCGUUUGCCAUGCGCCGUCUGAAUAUUUCAAGUCUCGUUCAUCACCAUUCCCCACAGUUCCCACCAGACCAGAAAAGGGUUAUAUAUGGACUCAUGUUGGACCUACUCCUGCCAUAACUAUUAAGGAGACAGUUGCUAACCAUCUAUAGCUUGAAAAAUAGAACUAAACGUCUGUUUGUAUUGUAAUACUACACAAUGUACAAUGUGUUUCUUAAAUGAAGUCCUUAGAUGAAAAAAUAAUGGUAAAGGGUUUUUCCUUCCCGUCCUGUAAUCAUUUGUCUAUUCAUUAUUAGUCACUUAGCAAAUUAAGAGAGGUUUUUAAUUUUCUUUUCAAAAUUAAGAAAGAACUUGGUAUGCUUUGAAAUUAAAUAUUCUAUAUGUGUAUCUUCCAAGCAAAGACUAUAAUUUCCAAGAAUACCAACAGG